AUGCCCAAAGCGCGCACCUUCUGUGGGAAGGUCCAGUCGCGGUCGCCAUCGCAACGACCGCACAGGCCGCCCAGCAAGGCGGGAGGCGGCGCAGCACGCAGCUCAGGUAGUGCAAGGACUGAAGGACCCACGCCCCGGGAACAGGACAUGGCGCUCCGCGAGAUCGCGGUGCUCAAGCCGCAGCUCCUGGCGAGCGGCCAAGCUGGAGGCGCCGCAGCCGACGUCGCCAUGGGAGGUGGCGCUGAGCCUGGCGCGGAUGCCGCCGCCGCCAAGCACAAGAGCAAAUUCGCCGAGGUGGAGAAAUAUACCCGCACUUUCGAGGAGCUCCUCCCCGCAGACGGCACCUGCGGGAACGAUCACAUCAAGCAGCACAUCGGGCUGCACAAACAGGAGAGGGACCGCAUCCGCGCCGAGAUGCAGCAGGCCAGGUCGUUGGCCGCCAGGCUCCAAAGUAUCUCAGACUCCAUGGACAGGGCCUACAUCUGCAUGGACAAAGGCAAGAAAUUGGCGGAGGAGAAACGAGAGCACGCCAGAGCAGCCGUCGCGAUCGCCGAGGAGCAGGAGGCACGAAUCGCCAAGCUGGAGGUGGAACUCCUGGAGCUCCAACAGCAGCGCGUAGACAUCCUGCGUGGGGCCCCGCCGCCGCCGGUGUUACAGGGCUUUAAAGGCGGGGCAGCUCCAGCCCACCGUGGGCGCCUCCAUUAA